UUGUGAACUUGCCUCUCACUUUCCCCUCAGCUUCCUCCUCCAUUCCUCUCUGCUGUGCCGGUGCGACAGCGAUCGAAGUUAGCCAACACGGCGUGCGGCGGCGGCGGUUUUCCUGACCGUCUUCGGACUACCGGAAGCAGCACCACCGCAUUUGGCUUGCGUCGAUCUAGCCACAGCCGGAACCCAAAGGUGUCUACAUCAUCCUAGUAAAAUCCAGUCAAUCGCAAUCGCAGUCCCUCUUGCCCUUCCAUCCAUCUCGAGUCGCCAAUCAGUUGCCUGGAUCUACAAUCUACAUACUGGUGACUGUGAGUAGAUCCGGCUUUGCAAGCUAUCUUUCAGUCGAUUGAUCUGCAAAUGAAGAUGGCCGACAGCUGAAAGGGAUAGCAGCUUUUCUUUAUCAUGGGCAUCUGAGACCGAUAGGAGUGAUCUUGGAAAUCACCGUUCACUGUACCUCGAGUUCUACCUCCACGACCAAAGAAAUUGAUAUCCAGACUCCAAUCUCUAUGAGCAUAUCCCGGGCCAUUGGGGUCAUUACUGGCCUCAAUGAAUGUGUCAAUUUGUUUCAGUGGGCUGGAUCUUCUAUUUCGUGUCUGCGCUCCCGGUGGUCUGCAACACAGGAGGAAAGUAUCCAUCAUGAAGUAUUGCACUUGCAGAGUGGCUUACAACGUCUUAGGGAUACUCUUCCUGCAAUGUAGUCUUAUUGACAAAGCAGAGUGGAGGAUCCACGAAGGCCGUGUCGCUGAGCUCCUUCCCAACCUCAAAGAUGCAGUGAAUGAUGCUGAUGAUCUUCUUGAUGAGUUCAGAUGGUAUGAGCUAAAGAUGGAGGUGGAGGGCAAUGCAAGUCAUUCUGCUUUUAUUGACUUCUACAAGACUACCGUACAAGGCAGCUUCAACAAAGUGAAUGAUAUCCAAGAGAGGUUGAAUAGUAUUUCUGGUCAGCUAGAGAAAAUGGGGCUGUAUGGAGUGACACCAGGGUUCGACAAAUCAGUCAGGCCAGACACUACCCCUUUCCCGAAUGAAAAAAAAAUAUUUGGUCGUGACAAAGAUCAGAAGGAGGUGAUGGGAUUUCUCGGUGUACCUCAAAGUAAAGGAAGGGCCUGUUCAAAACGCAAGAGAGCAAGUAGCGCAGUCAAUGCGUCAACAAGCACAACAGCACAGAACCAAGUUAAUAAAUCAAGAAUAUCAGCUAUUCCUGUUUUGCCAAUAGUUGGAAUGGGCGGCGUUGGAAAGACCACUUUGGCUCAACAUAUAUGCAAUCAUCAACAGGUGAAAGAUUACUUUGAGUUAAUAAUCUGGAUCUGUGCAGAUGACUUUGAUGUAAAGAGAUUAAUUAAAGAUGCCAUACAAUGCGCUUCCGGGAAACAGACAACAGUUGAUAAUUUAGCUUCUCUUCAACGUGCUCUUUCUGAAUGUGUGAGCAGUAGAAGGUUCUUGAUUGUUGUUGAUGACGUGUGGGAUGAUGCCUUGAAGGAAAAUGAGCAGCGGUGGAAAGGCUUUUAUGAUUCUUUAACAAACGUAGUACAGGGAAGUAUGAUGUUGGUCACAACAAGAUUUCCAGAUGUUGCUGAUAGAGUGCGCACAAUGGAGCCCUUUCCAUUAGCUGGUUUGAAGGAGGAUGUGUUUUGGGAUUUCUUCAAACUUUGUGCAUUUGGGUCUGAGAGUUCCGAGAAUGAUCCUGAGUUAGAGAGGAUUGCAAAAAGCAUAGUUCCAAAGUUGAAGGGUUCUCCUUUGGCCGCUAAAACUCUUGGACGCCUAUUAGGAAUGAACCUUCACACGGCACAUUGGAAUAAUAUACUAGAGAGUGAACUCUGGAAGUUGAAACAAGAGAAGACUGAUAUUUUACCAGCCCUUCGAUUGAGCUACAUAUAUUUGCCAUUUCACUUGAAGAGAUGCUUCUCAUUCUGUGCUGUGUACGCCAAAGAUCACAAAUUUGAAAAGGGCCGUUUAGCUGAAAUUUGGGUGGCAGAAGGCUUUGUGGAACCUCAAGGCAACACUCCCCUUGAAUAUAUUGGCCUUCAGUACUUUGAGGACCUUGUAAAUAGGUCCUUCUUUCAAAAAGUUCGUGGUGCAUAUGUAAUCCAUGACUUGCUCCAUGACAUGGCAAAACUAGUUUCAGAUCAUGACUGCUUCACCAUAAAAAAUAUGAGGGACUUCCAAAUGGUUCCCCAGAAUGUUCGUCAUCUGUACAUACUCCCAAGCAUAGACUUGAUCACUACCAAGUUGUCGAGUCUAAGCAAGCACACAAAGCUGCGUACGCUAAUUUGUGACAAGUCUCUUGGGAAACAAGCUGCAGCUAUAAUGGACCAUUGGUGUAGUGAGCUUCAGCGUUUGCGUGUGAUUUUUUGGGCCUCUUCAAAUGAGUUGCCAGACAGUAUUGGCAACUUGAAGCAUCUUCGGUACCUUGAAAUCUCCAAGGCUUGUCCUUUCAAGAGUCCUUCAGCAUUUCGUUCCCUCUAUAAUCUGCAGAGGUUAUAUGCGGAGGAGUGCAACUUAAAAAGUUUGUCCGGUGGCUUCAGUAAGUUGAUAAGUUUACGGGGAUUUAAAUCACAAGGAUUUCAAUAUUAUGCAGGGUCUGAACAGAAGAUUGAUGCAACCAAUCAGUUCGAAAUGAAAAUAUUUAAGAAUUUGAACCAAUUUGAUGGACAUAUGAACAUAUGGAAUCUUGGUUCUAGUAGCAAUCAUGCAGCAGAUUUCAAACUAAAUGAUAAGAAGUAUCUUCGCAGACUGACACUGCAAUGGUCCAGGCCUUUUUUUCCUGUGAAGGGUGUAACAGAAGUGCUCCAAGUCCUACAACCUCCCACCAGUCUCAAAUCUUUGGUUCUCAAAGAUUAUCCAGAUGGGUCUCUCCCAAACUGGUUUCAGCCGCGUAUAAACCUAAAUGAGACGCCUGCUGUGCUAGUUGACAACAAUAAUGAUGAGAUUGGUACUUUGUCGGCCUUGGAAGAGCUAGCCAUUCUCCGGUGUCCUUAUCUACGAAGCGUCCAACAAUUUCUGCGUCCAGCUUAUGUGCCUGCGAUCAAGAAAUUAAGCAUUGUUGAUUGCAACGAGUUAGUAUCAUUGCCAACUGAAACCUUUGGGGAUUUUCAUUCCCUUGAGAUAUUAGACCUGCAUGGCUGUCCAGAUAUCCGCUCAACAAGUUUGGUAGCGCACUCCCUCAAGAAGCUCUUAUUGGGAAGUUCUCGGAAUCUCACAGACAAUAUCCAGUGCUGCUCCCUCACCGAGUUCUACUUAUCAUGUGACUAUGUCACGACCAUCCAACCCCAAAUGUGGAAUCUUCCAGCUCUACAGAAGUUGCAUAUUAGUAACUGCAGAUCUCUUACAACUGUUGGACAAGGACAACCACCCAUUAGGGCAUUCGAAUCCCUUACAUUGCUAAUCAUUAACAAUUGUGAGAAUCUGACAAGCCUUGAUGGUCUCCUAGCAGAACAAUGUUUGCCUGCCAUUCGAAAGAUUGAUGUUAGGGAUUGUUGCAAGUUACAGUUCCUUUUUGGUGAAAGGCCUGGGAAUUUUCCUUCCCUUGAAGAUCUGUUGCUUCAUGAUUGCCCUAGUCUCAAAUGGCCAAGGGAAUUAGUGUUACCAUCAUCCCUAAAAAAGCUCUACUUAGUUCGAUGUGGCGACAUUUCCUCCUGGUUUUCAAGCUGCCUACAAAACCUCAAAUCUCUGGUUGAUCUGGUUUUGGUUGGAUGUCCAAGUAUAACAUCCAUUCCACUCGGCGCUUGCAGAAGUAAUCUCUUGUCACUUCGUGAUUUGAAAAUCUCGGAUUGUCCAGACCUCGUAUCAAUUGGUGGAGCAAAGGCAGUUGUAAAAAUAAAGUAUGUGUGCAUUUAUAAUUGCCCAAAGAUGGAGCAUCAACCUGCGCGCAGAGGCACAUUUUUUGGGAAAGGCAGAUUUAGAAAUUAUCAUUCACCUUCCUGUUCAUUUCCGACUCAGUUGUGAGGAGAGGCUGCUUCCGCUAAUCUUAUAAGAGAACGGGGUCUCUCUUUUCACAUGAUGCAGCUUACCAUCGAGUGAGAGUUAAACUCGCAUCAAGGCCAGUGAGAAGAGAGAAAAAAACAUCUGUCCAAUCCAAACUUAUGGUGAUAACUACCAGUUCCGGCAGAAGGCGCCUCUACAGCCAUUCAUAACGUCUCGAUGUCUUCGAAGCGAGUUUACUUGUUCUUCGCAAUGUGUGGUACAGACGCCAUCUAGUAAUUUGUAUUGCAUUUCUUUGCGUAUUCCAGAUACUAUUUUUUCUUCUCUGUUUGAAACAAGUGAGGGUAAAACAUGUACUGCGCUGCUGUAGCAUUUACGGUCUGUUUUUGUCGUUUGUUUUUGGCCGGUUGAUUUUAUAAGAUUUGAAUCCAAACUCCAUCAACGGACUUAA